AUGGCUGAGCCCAUCACCAACACCGCAGACAUCAAGCACGAGUUUGAGCCAUCCACUGAAAACAUCAAAAUAGUGAAUGGCUCGCCGCCGCCCGUCCCUGAAGUAGCGGUCAAAGAUGCCGCUACCUCUCCAGUCACGGAAACCUCGCCUAUGACAGGAACAGGAUGCAAGAAGCAUGACAAAAUGGAAGGCAUGAAGAAAAAGAAAAUUAAAAACAAGAAGCGGGAUAUGGACGAAUCAUCGGACUCGGAUUCCUCGCUUUCUACUGGUGACACUGACACGGACACUUCAGUCACGGACUCAAUCGCAAGUGACUCGGAGCCGGAGCGACGCAAGAAAAAUCGAAUGCGAGCGAAGGCUCAGACCAAACGGGCGUUGAAGGAUAAGAAAAAGCGGAAGAAGCGCAAGCAGCGUGGUCGCAAGUCGGCAGCUGCUGAUUCGAUUUCGGAUACCUCCAGCGAUUCGGAUGCUGAGUCGGACUCGUAUGAAUCAGAUUCGUCGUUGGAUGAGAAGCUUUUGCGGAAGUUGGUCUCAAAGCUCACGGUGAAGAAGCGACAUAGACGACUGCGGGAUCAGACUAGUGAUGAUCUUGGUACGACCGAUUCUCCAGGCGAGACUCGGCGGGAGAAGCGGUCAAAGAAGAAGAAGCCAGCCUCUAAGGUGGCAUUCAAGCGUGUAGAUCAAUUGUGGGAUAGCACGAUCCACAAGUACAAGCUGACCGAGACGGUGGACGAUCCCGAUGCGGACGAAUGGGACCAGUACAUCUUCACGGUGCGUCGCAAGUUCAAUUGGGAGAACAAAUUUCUCGAUGUAGUGGUGGAUAUUAAGAGCAAGCCCCUGCGUGAGUCGCUGGCCAAGGUGAUGGAUGGCGUUAAGGGUGUCAGUCUCGUCGAAGAGCCCGCAGUAGUCGACCCAAAUAUGUUGUUUCUGUAUUUGGAAGAAUCAAGACAGUACAUGAAAGAUCUGAGGCAGCAAUCGCGCAACGAAAAGAAACGAAAAGCGCGCAAAGCAGCUGCUACCAAAGCGGCCCACCUCAAAGUACUGAUCAAGUAUCUCGACACCGACUAUGCAAACAUCAAAAAGACCCUCUACCCUCUUCUCGAGGCAAACACUAUCACUUUCGAUCUACUCUGGGCUCUGUUUAAGCCCAACACCAUUGCAUAUACCCCGACAUACGGCAACACCGACGAGCCCCGAGCCUUUAAGAUCGAAUACGCCAUCAAGGAAUCCUCUUUCAUGAAAGGACAAUGGUACAGCAUCGAGGGAAGAUACCUGGAGUAUGACGGAAAAGACUUUGGAUUUGGCAGCAUGGCCGCUGAAGUAGAAUCAUUCAAGGGUGCACGCAAAAUCACCAGCCUCGCCUGUUUCCCACUCCAAUACCACCGUGAUGCCGAGGGACUGCGAACACGUCUUGUCGAGCGCGGCAAGCGCUUCGUGGCACUGCGCGGUAUGAACUACCGCUUCCACAAAGGAAUGGCAUUUUACAAGAAAAAGCGCCAUUCUGUGGGCAAGGUCAACAUCGAAAGCCGGGUGAUGAUUGAUCCAGCCAUCCACCGUCGGAUCAAUCCUAACUACCCCAUAAGCACAGUCCGGCCUAAGGAUCCGGACCUGCUCGAGUUGUCUGACGCGGGGUUGAGUGACAUGGAGGAUGGUGAUAGCGAUGGCUGCUGCUGCGGGGAUUCUGACUCUGAAUCCGAGCAAGGAGGGGUAUCUGAUACUCCACGGACAGUGUACAAGGUAAUCGAAGGUGAAGAUGGGACUCCUCGCGUAGUGGAGGUAGAAGUCGACGACAACGGCUUAGAGAUUCAGAAGGAGAACAUGGAUCGCAUUGAAGGCAGCGCAGGUGUCGUAGGUCGUGAGUUCACCGAGGAAGAGCUGCUCAUCGCCAGCCCCGUCGUAUUGGGUUUCGCCUUCACAGAGAAGAUGUGGCUGGAGUUCACCAUCUCGGGUAUUAGCGAUAUCGACUGGGACAAAGAUGCAUUCGACUCACUGGUUCUCCCAGCAAACCAGAAGUCCAUCGUCAAGGCCCUUGUCGAAUCGCACACCUUCCAUGCAGCCCAGAACAUUGACGACGUAAUCCAGGGCAAGGGGAAGGGCCUGGUUGCGGUAUUGCAUGGUCCACCCGGGACAGGCAAGACCCUAACAGCCGAAGGCAUCGCCGAGCUACUCCGACGUCCACUGUACAUGGUCAGUGCAGGAGAAUUGGGAACCGACUCGCGUUCAUUGGAAGCAGAAUUGAACAAGAUCCUCGACAUCGCUCACUCAUGGGGUGCGGUUCUCCUCCUCGACGAAGCAGACAUCUUCCUUGAGAAGCGGACCAUCCACGACAUCCACCGCAACGCUCUUGUCAGCAUCUUCCUUCGUCUCCUGGAGUAUUUCCAGGGCAUCCUCUUCCUUACCACAAACCGCGUCGAAACAUUCGACGACGCCUUCCAAUCCCGCAUCCACGUCGCAUUGCGAUAUGGUGACCUAGCCCCGAAGGCGAAGCGCAGCAUCUGGAAGAUGUUCCUAGAACGAGUUCGUGCUAUCGAAGGUGUCCAGACGGCUGAAUUCUCAGAGACCGACUUCGAUGUGCUGGCACGGCACACACUGAACGGUCGACAGAUCAAAAACUCAGUUCGUACUGCGCAGGCGCUCGCGGUCAACGAGAAGACCCCAUUAUCUAUGGAUCAUAUCAAACGGGUUCUAGAUGUCGCGGAGACAUUCGAUCAGGACCUUCGUGGUGGAACGGGUUACCUGGACGCGAUGCGUAGUUACACUUAG